AUGUGGUUUUUAGGAUUAAAUACGAAUCCAAAUGUUCCAGUGGCAAGUUCAGUUACAAUCAAGGAUACAACAAAUCUUGAUGUAAUUGGACAUUCAUUUGGUUCGAAUUUUUCAAAUUUAAUUUUUACUUUGGAUGGUCAAGAAUGUAUUAAACAUUCACUUUCAGAUUCUCGUUUCAGUUGUAGCAUAAGUAAUAGUUUUAAAACUUUUAAUAAUGGUAACAUUUUAAGUGUUCCUGCAUCUUUCACUACAUCAAUAUUCCAAAAUGAUUUUAUUGUGUUUUUCUUACCUGGUCUAGCUGUAUCUUAUCAAAAUCGAAUUCCUUAUUCUUGCGAAAAUGGUUUUUCUGACGAAAAUACAGGAAUAUGUCAUUGUAAUUAUGGAUAUGUUGGUAAUAACUGUGAUUAUAUUCAAAUUUAUGUCACAGAAGUUUAUUUUAUUACUUUAAAAGAAUAUGAUAAUUCACAAUUAUAUUUAUUAGUUGGUAAUUUUAAUUCAAACAAACCUAUCGAUACACUAUCAAUAGGAGGAAUUGAAUGUGAACCAAUUGAAGGUAGAUUAACAAAUGAUCAAAUUUAUUGUAAAUCAAAUGUAGUUCUUAAAGGUUUAAAAUCUAUUAGUAUUACUCAAAGUUUUUUUAAUUGGAGUGGUUUAAUAUUAAUACAAUCAAAAUAA